AUGAAAGGUUUCUAUUUUCCUUUCUAUUCUCCUUUCUAUUUUCCUUUCUAUUCUCCUUUCUAUUCUCCUUUCUAUUCUCCUUUCUAUUCUCCUUUCUAUUUUCCUUUCUAUUCUCCUUUCUAUUUUCCUUUCUAUUUUCCUUUCUAUUUUCCUUUCUAUUCUCCUUUCUAUUCUCCUUUCUAUUUUCCUUUCUAUUUUCCUUUCUAUUCUCCUUUCUAUUCUCCUUUCUAUUUUCCUUUCUAUUCUCCUUUCUAUUCUCCUUUCUAUUUUCUAUUUUCCUUUCUCCUUUCUAUUCUCCUUUCUAUUUUCCUUUUUCCUUUCUAUUCUCCUUUCUAUUUUCCUUUCUAUUUCUUUCUAUUCUCCUUUCUAUUUUCCUUUCUAUUUCCUUUUCUAUUCUCCUUUCUAUUCUCCUUUCUAUUUCCUUUUAUUUUCCUUUCUAUUCUCCUUUCUAUUUUCCUUUCUAUUCUCCUUUCUAUUCUCCUUUCUAUUUUCCUUUCUAUUCUCCUUUCUAUUCUCCUUUCUAUUUUCCUUUCUAUUCUCCUUUCUAUUCUCCUUUCUAUUCUCCUUUCUAUUCUCCUUUCUAUUUUCCUUUCUAUUCUCCUUUCUAUUCUCCUUUCUAUUUUCCUUUCUAUUCUCCUUUCUAUUCUCCUUUCUAUUCUCCUUUCUAUUUUCCUUUCUAUUCUCCUUUCUAUUCUCCUUUCUAUUCUCCUUUUCUAUUCAUUUAUUCUUUUAUUCUCCUUUCUAUUCUCCUAUUUCUUUCUAUUCUCCUUUCUAUUUUCCUUUCUAUUCUCUUUCUUUCCUUUCUAUUCUCCUUUCUAUUUUCCUUUCUAUUCUCCUUUCUAUUCUCCUAUUUUUUUCUAUUCUCCUUUCUAUUUUCCUUUCUAUUUCUCCUUUCUAUUUUCGUUUCUAUUCUCCCUAUUCUAUUCUCCUAUUUUCUAUUUUCUCAUUUUCUAUUCUCCUUUCUAUUCUCCUUUCUAUUCUCCUUUCUAUUUUCCUUUCUAUUUUUUUCCUUUCUAUUCUCCUUUCUAUUUUCCUUUCUAUUCUCCUUUCUAUUUUCCUUUCUAUUCUCCUUUCUAUUCUCUAUUUUCUAUUUUCCUUUCUAUUUUUCCUUUCUAUUUUCUUUCUCCUUUCUAUUUUCCUUUCUAUUCUCCUUUUUCUAUUUUCGUUCAUAUUCUCCUUUCUAUUUCCCUCCUUUCUAUUCUCCUUUCCUAUUCUCCUUUCUAUUUUCCUUUCUAUUCUCCUUUCUAUUCUCCUUUUCUAUUCUCCUAUUUCCUUUCUUUUAUUUUCCUUUCUAUUCUCCUUUCUAUUCUCCUUUCUAUUUUUCCCUUUCUAUUCUCCUUUCUAUUCUCCUUUCUAUUCUCCUUUCUAUUUUUUCCUUUCUAUUUUCCUUUUCUAUUUUCCUUUCUUUCUUUCUCCUUUCUAUUCUCCUUUCUUUCUAUUUCCUUUCUAUUCUCCUUUUCUUUUCUCCUUUAUAUUCUCCUUUCUAUUCUCCUUUCUAUUCUCCUUUCUAUUUUCCUUUCUAUUUUCCUUUCUAUUUCCUAUUUUUCCUUUCUAUUUUCCUUUCUAUUUCUUUUCUAUUUUCCUUUCUAUUUUCCUUUUCUAUUUUCUCCUUUCUAUUCUCCUUUCUAUUCUCCUUUCUAUUUUCUUUCUAUUCUCCUUUCUAUUUUCCUUUCUAUUCUCCUUCUAUUCUCCUUUUCUAUUCUCCUUUCUAUUUUCUUUCUAUUCUCCUUUCUAUUCUCCUUUCCUAUUUUCCUUUCUAUUCUCCUUUCUAUUCUCCUUUCUAUUCUCCUAUUUUUUCUAUUUUCCUUUCUAUUUUCUUUUCUAUUCUCCUUUUCCUAUUUUUCCUUUCUAUUUUCCUUUUCUAUUCUCCUUUCUAUUUUCCUUUCUAUUCUCCUUUCUAUUCUCGAUUAUUUUUGCGUUUUAUUUUCUAUUUUUUCUAUUCUCCUUUCUAUUUUCCUUUCUAUUCUCCUUUUCUAUUCUCCUUUUCUAUUCUCCUUUUCAACACUAUUCUCCUUUUUUUAUUUCCUUUCUAUUUUCCUUUCUAUUUUUCCUUUCUAUUUUAUUCUCCUUUCUAUUUUCCUAUUUUUCUAUUUUCCUUUUCCUUUCUAUUCUCCUUUCUAUUCUCCUUUCUAUUUUCCUUUCUAUUCUCCUUUCUAUUUCUCCUUUUAUAUUUUCCUUUCUAUUCUUUUUUCUAUUUUUCCUUUCUAUUCUCCUUUUAUUCUUCUUUCUAUUCUCCUUUCUAUUUUCCUUUUUUCUAUUCUCCUUUCUAUUCUCCUUUCUAUUUUCCUUUCUAUUCUUUUUCUAUUUUCUCCUUUUUUCCCUUUUUUCUCUUUCUAUUCCCUCCUUUCUAUUUUUUCUCCCUUUCUAUUUCCUUUCUAUUCUCCUUUCUAUUCUCCUUUCUAUUUUCCUUUCUAUUCUCCUUUCUAUUCUCCCUUUCUAUUUUCCUUUCUAUUCUAUUUUCUUUCUAUUCUCCUUUCUAUUCCUUUUUUCCUUUCUAUUCUCCUUUCUAUUUCUCCUUUCUAUUUUCCUUUUCUAUUCUCCUUUUCUAUUUCCUUUUCUAUUCUCCUUUCUAUUCUCCUUUCUAUUUUCCUCCUUUCUAUUCUCCUUUCUAUUUUCCUUUCUAUUCUCCUUUCUAUUUUCCUUUCUAUUCUCCUUUCUAUUUUCCUUUCUAUUUUUCUCAUUUCUUUAUUUUCCUUUAUUCUCCUUUCUAUUUCCUUUCUUUAUUCUCCUUUUCUAUCUCUUUCUUUCCUAUUCUAUUUUUUUCUAUUUCCUUUUCUAUUUUCCUAUUCUCCUUUCUAUUUUCCUUUUCUAUUCUCCUUUCCUUUCUCUUUUUUCCUUUUCUAUUCUCCUUUCUAUUCUCCUUUCUAUUCUCCUUUCUAUUUUCCUAUUCUCCUUUCUAUUCUCCUUUCUAUUCUCCUUUCUAUUUUCCUUUCUAUUUUCCUUUCUUUAUUCUAUUCUCCUUUUUCCUUUCUAUUUUCCUUUCUAUUCUCCUUUCUAUUCUCCUUUCUAUUUUCCUUUCUAUUCUCCUUUCUAUUUCUCCUUUUCUAUUUUUCCUUUCUAUUUUCCUUUCUAUUUUCCUUUCUAUUCUCCUUUUUCUCCUUUCUAUUUUCCUUUCUAUUCUCCUUUCUAUUUUUCCUUUCCUUUCUAUUCUCCUUUCUAUUCUCCUUUCUAUUUUCCCUUUCUCCUUUCUAUUUCUCCCUUCUAUUUUUUCCUUUCUAUUCUUUCUGUUCUCCUUUCUAUUUUCCUUUCUAUUUUCUAUUCUUUUCUAUUCUCCUUUCUAUUUUCCUUUCUAUUUUCCUUUCUAUUCUCCUUUCUAUUCUCCUUUCUAUUUUCCUUUCUAUUUUCCUUUUCUAUUUUUCCUUUCUAUUCUCCUUUCUAUUUUCCUUUCUAUUCUCCUCUAUUUUUCUAUUCUCCUUUCUAUUCUCCUUUCUAUUUUCCUCCCUAUUCUAUUCUCCUUUUCCUUUCUAUUCUCAUUUCUAUUUUCCUUUCUAUUCUCCUUUCUAUUCUCCUUUCUAUUUUCUAUUUCCUUCUAUUCUCCUUUUUCUAUUCUCCUUUCUAUUUUCCUUUUCUAUUCUCCUUUCUAUUCUCCUUUCUAUUUUUUCCUUUCUAUUUUCCUUUCUAUUCUCCUUUCUAUUUUCCUUUCUAUUUUCCUUUCUAUUCUCCUUUCUAUUCUCCUUUCUAUUUUCCUUUCUAUUUUCCUUUAUAUUUUCUUUUCUAUUUUCCUUUCUAUUUUCCUUUCUAUUCUCCUUUCUAUUCUCGAUGCCGUCAACAGAGAGUUUGUAG